UACGUAGAGAGGCUGCCGCCUACACUGACCUGGAUAUCUGCGGCUAAGGAAGGCUCUGCCGACCUCGUUUCAUAUCAAGGAUUUUAGGACUGCGGCGCAUCCCGAAUAUACCCGUUUCCAGCUGCGUGGGCCUCGUCUUAAAGGCGGCUGUACAGCAGGUGUGGAGCUCUGUGUGUUACACUGUGACGCGAGAAAGGACUGGUUUGGCAGCCUAAUGGACAGUAAGCAGUGAAAUCAGGACUGAAUGGCAGUUAUUAUGCCAUAUCGAUACUUCAUGGUCGCUGAUGACCCGGUCUGUGUGACUCUCUGCUACGUGGAAUUGUGUGUCUGUGUCGUGCCAUCAGCAUUUACUGAGACAGCAGUAUUUACCUUUGAACCACGGAAGUGGAGCUGCGUCAGGCUGGCUGAGCUGGAAGAGCGCGAGGCUGGAAGUGGUGUGAUUUUAUCUCCAUAAUAAAGGCGCCAAGUGGUUUUGUUUACGCUUAUAUGAAUGCAGUUUGGGAUUAAACAGAGGAGUACAGCUGGGGCAAAACGACAGCCAACUUUUCACUAGUGUAACAGCGUUUCGUUCUUGACCAGUGCCGUGCACACUGAAUGAUCUAUCUGCCUUCAGUGGCUUUACUUUGCAGCGUGCGGGCGGGCGGAAGCUGCCGCUGGCUGCUGCUGGCUUGACUCUGGUAGGAAGUGGGAUGUGGCCGGGAUGUAUUUAUGCUGCUGUCCGAGAUGUGAGAGUCAUUGAGUCAGCGCUGCCUCAGGAGCCGUUGUUCUCCGGCGCUCACGGCAGGGGUAACAACACUGUGGCUGUCUUGUUCUUGAGGUCGAAGCAGCGAGCAGGACCGGAGCGGCUGGGCUGGCUCCGUGUGAGCGGGACCGUCAGCCUCACCCCCACACAGUUUGUUGAAUUUGUGCGCGUGGCAGUAUUCUGAGCUUUACGUAAUAACAGCAUGUGAAUUACGUCUUUGGCUUUUUGAUUUUUGCCCUGAACAAAGACUGAGUCCCGCCACUCCACCAUCACGUUUUUAAACAGAUGUCAAGAAGUCAGCAUCAGAUGAUGAUGGAGUCCUCUGUAGCGCUCGGCAGACUGGAGCUGACCCCCGCCGCUUCCGCGGGUGGGGUCGCCCUGACCUCGCGGCUCUCUGGCGGCGCACCCGCGAAAGAAAAAUCGGGCCAGUUAUCCUCGGGGCCACAGAACCAGGCUCACUUCAACGGCUGCGUCCCGCUGUCGCAUCAGGUGGCGGGUCACAAGUACGGAGUGGAUAAAGUGGGUAUUUUGCAGCACCCAGAUGGAACAGUCCUGAAGCAGCUUCAGCCUCCACCCAGAGGUCCACGAGAGCUGCAGUUUUACAGCAUGGUCUAUGCAGAGGACUGCUGUGAUCCCUGUCUUGUAGAUCUCCAGACCUAUCUGCCCAAAUAUUACGGCACCUGGUCCUCUCCCGACAGCCCCAAUGACCUGUACCUGAAGCUGGAGGAUGUGACUCGCCGCUUCAUCAAGCCAUGUAUCAUGGAUGUGAAGCUGGGCCAGCGGAGCUAUGACCCAUUUGCCUCACAGGAGAAACGGGAACAGCAGAUCAGAAAAUACCCACUGAUGGAGGAGAUAGGCUUCCUGGUGCUUGGCUUGAGGGUGUACAAGGUGUGCACUGACACAUUCGAGUCCUAUGACCAGCAUUAUGGAAGAGGACUAGUUAAGGACACUCUUAAAGAUGGCUUGGCUAAAUUCUUUCAUAAUGGAGUCAGUCUAAGGAAGGACGCUGUGGCAGCGAGCAUCCGCAGAGUGCAGAGGAUCCUUCACUGGUUUGAGUCCCAGCAGCAACUGACUUUUUAUGCCAGUUCCCUUCUCUUUGUCUAUGAAGGCCUGCCCUCCUCUUUUUCUUCAUCCUCCCUUUCGUCCCUCCUCAGCAGUCCAUCAAUUAGUCCCACUAUGAUGGUAAAAAAUGCCACGUCUUCAUCAUCAAGUGAAGGUGGUUGCAGCAGGGAGGGGAAAGUUAGACAGGUAAGAUUGGGGCAGGAAGAGGAAGUGGCUGAGUACAACAACAACAUCAUUCAGGUGGCAGGGCACUGGGACUACAGCCUGGACACUGUUUAUACCAAUCACAGGAAAGGUGAUGACAGUCAAAGUGAAGACAGUGGAGCUGUAAGCUCAGUUUCUGGAGACAACGUCUCAGCACUGUGUGAAGAAGACAACUCUGCAUGGAAACAAUCAGGUGAACUGCAACAACCACCUAAUGGAAAUGGAAAUAAAUCACAACUGGAAGGGAAGGAUGUGGGUGGAGAAUACAGCAGCAGGAGAAGUGGGGAGGAGGUAAAGGACCAAGGAGGAGAUGAAACAGAGGGCAAUGCAGAAGGCACAGAGGUGGAGGUCAGGAUGAUUGACUUUGCUCAUGUUUUCCCAAGUGAAAGCCACGAUCAUGGCUACAUCUAUGGUCUGAAGCACCUGCUGAAGGUGCUGGAGCAGAUCCUGUGUGAUACAGCAUAGAGCUCUCUCUUUCCUUUCCUCCUGACCUGCUCAAAGAAACUCUGCCUUCAGCUCUGCUUUCUGAAGAAACAAAGAAACAUCAACAUGGUCUCACCUGACUCUGAUGGUGUAUCUGUCCUGUUUGUGCGUGCAUGCGUACAGCCGAGGUAAUGGGGCAGCUGUGUUCUUCAGCACUACAUGCACAAACCAAUCCAUAAAGGCAUUACCCUGUACUUAAACACCACAUCUUCAGCUGAUGUUUUACUGAUGCUCACACAGGCUCCACAGCAUCACCUGGCAUCAGUGCAUUCAGUGAUUUUAAUAAAUAUCUGACACCAUGGCCAGUGAAAACAUUUGAUAUCUGUUAUGUGGCUAUACAUACUAUAAAAUGAUUGGAAUUUUUCGGCCGCUGAUAACGUUAAUGAAUUAGGUUGGCAGCACUGUUUAAAAGCGAGCUGAAGAUCAGAGGUGGCUCUGCCUUUGGAAAGCUCUGCUAAUCCAUUCAGACAUUUUUGGAACAGUCCUGAUGUUUCCUGUCUGUUGUGGGCUCAGUAGCUUUUCCACUUCCAUGGAAUUGUGAGGGUUUUUUUGUUUUGUUCUUGUUUUUUGGAUUCCACAGGGUCAGGAUUUGAUUGACAGAUUUUAAAUGAUAUGAUGCAAACAGAUUUUUCAGUUGUAGUGAAUUCUAUGCAGUGUGAACUACCUAAAAACUACACUGUUCAUUCUGACACAAAACAUUUUCCUUCAGUUCACAUCCUGGUCAUCUUAUCAUUCACAGGACUUAACUGGAUUUGGUUCAUUUAUGUUUACAGUACAGUGUCAAAUUCCAAAUAACUGGGACUGGGAAGCAGAGGUUAAUCAGGGAUAAGAUGGACCUGUUGAGUUAAACUGCUCCACAUUUUGGAACAAGUUCAGAGCCUGGAAAAUGUUGAAGUUUAAGUUGUGUGUUGUUGUUCAUACCACUGUCUAAACAUAUCUAACUCAGGUAUUUACUGUAAGAAAAAUGACUUAAUAUUACUACUAUAAUAGUUUCAGCAAGACGAUCCUCAUGCUGUCUCAACCAUUUUUAUUUAGUCUUAGUCAACAUUUAUCUCAUGAUUGACCUCUCAUCAAUGUUGACCUCUUAACCUUUUUCGUGAGCAUCUGUCAUCUUUUACUGUGACUGCUUUUAACUGUCCUUGUAAAUGUCGAGCUGCCAUAUCAACAUCUCUCCGUUCAGAUGCCUGUGUUCCUUUGUGUUUCUGUCGCUCUGCUCUCUAUAUGAAGGCAACUUUGGAUAUGUUGGACUCCAGUGCCAUUGUUUGAUCAUUAGCUGUGAGGUAUUCUGUGAUUUUUUUGUUUUUGUUUUUGUUUUUGUUUAAUUAUUAAGUUGUUUGUAUGUAAGGAAUGAAUUUGCAACAAUUGCUAAGUUUGGUAAAAAGAUUGCUGCUUUAAUUAGUCUGACAUAGCUGACAGGAGGGCACAAAUAUCAGAGUUCUGAUAUUUGGUGCUGAAGUCCUAACAUUUUUACACUAAUCAGCUGAAGACAACUUGUUUAAUAGUUGGCCUUCAUAGUGUUUGGAAGGGUGGACUGAUUUGGGUUUUUAUGCUGAUAUGUAAGCCGAUGUUGCAGGAAUGCAGUCAUACCAAGUUUUCUUGCAGUCCUGAAUUCAUUAUCGCUCCUCAGAGGGGAAAAAAACUCGUUCUUGAUUUCAGCAAGCUGGGUAAAGAGGACAACAUUAACAAAGAAACCCAAGAAUGCUUUGAAGCCAUUACUGUUUCUAAAAUAGUAAUACAUUUUCAAGAAAAAAAAAUUCUUCUGUGGUGUGACAAGGUUGAUCCAUCAUUACUUGAUGAGAUUUAGUUUCUGGACAAAAAUAACAGUUAACUUAUAAAUGUGACUUUCUGGAAAAUUUGUUAUUUUAUUAUCUCAACAAUUAUUUAAAUUGUUCAUGAGUAUUUUUUUAUCUCUUGUAAAUUUAAUGCUUGAAAAUCUGGAUUCUUUCUUUUUGAAGUUUGGAAUAUUACCCCCUCCCCUGUCUUUCUUUAUUGAAACCAAAACUGGCAAUAAUCCACCACCAUUUAACAAAAACUGUUGUCAUACAGUAAAGUCCUCAAAAACUGUUAAGUGGUGCUUGUAGUAAGAUUGUGUUUAGUUGUGGCUCUGCUGGUGUCUGGGCGGAACAAGCAGGGCAGCUUCAGUCACAGCUGUCUCUGCUCCUGGAUCUGCGUUAAAAUGCUGCAAUCCACCACAAAUCCAGCUGAAUAACAUGCAGCUUGUGACAUAUGAAUAUAAUGAACAAAUAUGAAAAUCCUGAUGUUUUGUAAAUGAAAAUGAUGAAAUGUAUUUUAAUUGUAAUGUGAACCAAAAAGAAAAAGCAGACACUUUGAUAUUUUCUCUAACCUUGCUUCUUUUUAUAAUUUUGAUUAUUUUUAGGUUAGCAAUAAUCUCUUAAAGGAUGUUUACGGGAAUUUUUUUUUUUUUUUUUUAAAGCACUGCCUUAUUUUCUGUUAAUAUAUCUUAUGUUGAAUAUGGAUCAUUUGGGCAGCUUUGUGACUCUCCUCUCUGAGCCUGCUGUGUCGUGGCUAACUAACAAAACCAUAUGCAUGUGAUACAGGGCAUUGCUUCUGAAUAAUCAUUAGAUGAGUCACACUGAGAACCUGUCAGACUUUAACCCCAUUUAGUCAGGUCAUGUGUAAGUGGGCAGAUUCACCAACAGCACAUCCACUGUGUUCCUGGAAUUACACUGAACAUUCAGAAAAGCAUUUUAGUCUACAUUACAGCCAAUCAGAUGAAGCACAUCAGUGUUUGAUUGGGAGGGGUUGUCCUCGGUUUUCCACUCAUAUGUACAUUUAAUUCUUUUAUGGUACUUUUAAGUGCAUACUGAUCUGAAAAAGUCUGAAUCACUGACUUACCAAAUUGUAAUAACUAUCUACCUAAUAACCCAAAUUUAGUACAUUUGCAACUAAACUGUAAAAUAAACUCAAA